CGCUGUUGUCGGCGCUUUAAGUCUUGAGGAGGGAACAUGAAGGCAUCCGAGAAACACUUAAAUUGCUGUUGAGGAGAAGCUGCUGAAACCUGCAGGAUGAGAGGACGCUGCGCUGGUCAUGACACUUGAGGUCCGCGCUUUAUCCACAUCCAGGAUUCAAGCAGAACACUGACACAAACGGCUCUGAUAGAAGACAGGUCGGGGGUCGGCCCCGCCAGCAUCAAGGCAGAGCCCUGCGACUUCGCCAUACAUGUACAAGAAGUGCUGGGGGGCGCGAUCCCAGGCAGGUCAAAGGACUUAGAUCCGAGUUAUAUGACAAGCAAAGUUGCUCACGGUACCACAGUUUCAGAAAGAGUUCAAGGAGAGAAACCGGUGGGGAUACUGUCCCCUGUCAGACCAAUGGGGGGUGAGGGAACCCCGGUGAAAGGCAAACCCCUCUCUGUUGACAGUAUGGAUAAUCCUCAAAUGGCUAUGAACAAUAAUCCAAAGGAUGCUGGUGCCGAUGACAGUGCAAAGGGGGUUCUUGGCACUGCAUCCAUUGAACUCUCUUCUGAGGGCAAGUGGAGGAACAUCAGAAAGACCCCCGCAAGUCCACAUGCGCAAGCCAACUGUCUCCGGCAGAUUCUCCUCCUCCAACUGGACCUCAUUGAGCAACAGCAGCAACAGCUGCAAUCAAAGGACAAGGAGAUAGAUGAGCUCAAAGCAGAUAAGGACACGCUACUUGCACGUAUUGAACGGAUGGAGCGCCGGCUCCAGCUCACAAGGAAGGAUGGGCCUCGUGAUAAGCGCCUUUUCCAGCCCCUGGAGACUUGGACCCCAGACAAGGAGGACAUGUGGGAUCUGGACAUAGAGGAGAGUCCACAACCCAACCCAGCCACUCCGCUGCUCUUCAGUCGAGGUGGCAAAGGUCAAAAACGGAAAUCAUGUUUUGGAGAUGGAAAAGUUCAGAAAUCUCGGGGUAAAAGUGCAAAAGCUAGCCCCCAGAAGUUUGAAAUUGAACCUGGUUCCCCCAACCAGAGAGAGCUGCGCAGUAAGGAAACCCCAGAGAAGACUAUUCCUAUGUGUUCAGGGGCAGAAAGGGACAGUUUGCUCCCAUGCAAAGAGGAGUCUGACCUGAGCUGUCAGAUGGAGGAUCUGCCCUUCAUGUCUACCACAGAGAUGUAUCUGUGUUGUUGGAACCAACCUCCUUUAUCCCCUCUGCGUGAGACUUCCCCCAAAAAGGAGGAAGAGGUGGCCAGUGAGUGGACUCCUCAUGUAGUACAUGAUAUGCUGAUUGUUUUUCCCUCUUGGAGGGAAAACUACAUUGAGCCCCUGGAUGAGGAAUCCUCUUUUAAUCCCCCCGAGCCGCUGGACGACGGCGUGUUCCUGAAACGCCACUCGAAACUGGAGCUGGAUGAGAAGAGGAGGAAAAGGUGGGACAUCCAGCGAAUCAGAGAGCAACGCAUGUUCCAGCGUCUGCAGCAGCGCAUGAACAGGAAGAAAGUGGUCCAGGAGAUGGAGCCCGAGCUGUCGUCCUUCUAUCCCGACACUGAAGAUGUUGAAUCCAUAGUGAUCACUCCCUUCUUGCCUGUGGUUGCGUUUGGACGGCCAUUGCCCAAACUAGCUCAACAGAAUUUUGAGCUGCCUUGGCUGGAUGACCGAAGCAGAUGCCGCAUCGAGGUGCCCAAGAAGCACACGCCUCACCGGACCUGCCGGAAGUGAAGCCCCUCCAGCAGCACCAGCAGAUCGCUGCUGCUCCACGCCUGGGUCAGGGAGAUGCUCCGUUCGGCUGGGACAUGUCACCAGAGUACUGUUGCUUCUAGUCCACAGAGCAGGAAACACCUGCUACAUGUCACCACAGAGCAGAAAACUGGACGCUGAUGGAGAAGAGGAGGUGCUUGAUGCCGCAAAGCCGCUUUCCAUGUCAGCAGCUGUCGUGUCGGGAGUUCUGUGCAUGUUCUGAAACGUGUUUUUCAAGUUGCAAACUCCUUAAUUGACUUUUAAUCUGCCAAAGUGGAGGUCCGGUCAGUUUUAUAUGUGUAGUGCAGACGGGUUAAACUGAUGACUUAAUCUUGAGCAUUUGGAGGAGUUCCUUCUUUUUUCCCCCCCUCACCAUUUCAGUUCAAAAUCAAACUUGGACUCUUCAUCAAAAUCAAAUCAGCCGCAUUGUCUUGCUGUGGGUAGUUUUACCGGCACGUCCUCCCUGCCGUGUCACAGUCUGACUGUAUCGUGCUGUGUGUUGCCUCAUAUCGUACGCACUCGCAUUCGAGAGGAUCAUAUCAGUGUGCAGUGUGAUGUUUGGAGUCGGCAGGAUCACACCCAUUUUUUAAGAACUUGGGUCUUGAUUCUUGAACCAGUCCCGUGUAAUUAAGCUGGUCAGCAGCAAAAGAAACGAAAAGCUGUUCUACAUCAAUGGAAGGACAGGGAAAGAUGGGCGGUAUACUGGGCUUUAAUUCAAUCUGUUUAGUUUCUUUUGUUCUUAUUUUCAUGUGAAUUGCAUGAACUCUAUUUACCUGUUACAGAAAUAAUAUGGUAGCAUGGUUUGACCUCAACAUGGACAAUAAUCUCACUACAAAGCAUGACUUUUUAUGCUCUGGCAGGCGAGGACAGCGGCGUGAGCACCCUCAUCCUGCGGUGAUGUUCAUGCUCCCGGUCUUAACACUUCUAUUCACCGGAUAUUACGCAAGUUCUGUAUAUAUGUUGGUCAGGGGAGCCCUUUUAGAUGAGUUCUGAGCGUUCUAGCUGUGCUCUCUAACAUGCAACCAGUUAAUCUCUCUCUUAUCUAAUCUCGGUCUCGACCUCUGAGCGGCUCCUGCAGGCUCUCCUUCUUCGCGGCGUUUGUUCAGACUUCUGCAGCUUCUGUGCUUCAGCUUCCAGCCGCUCGUUUGGCAGACUUUGUUUUUCUGUACAUAGCUUUCGGAAACAGAUGUACAUAAAACAUGGCUGUUAUUUUUUUAUUAUUUAAUGUUGGAAGUGUUGAGUACAUUCAAUAUUGUUCUAUGAUUGUAUGUUCAAAAAUUGACAUUUUCAAAAUAAUUUUUUUUUCUUUUGGAAUAAAAUGAAUAUGUCUAUGAUA